UAUAAAAAGGGCUGGACCGUUGGACCGUUUCUCUUACUUUGACAAACAAUCCCCAGGACAAGCCACCGCCGCCUGCGCACACACACCGGUCAAAAAAUGCCUGCAGAUUACAAUGGACGUUGGGAGAUGGUGAGCAAUGAGAACUUCGAGGAACUCAUGAAGGCCCUCGACAUCGACUUCGCCACCAGGAAGAUAGCCUCCCACCUGCAUCAGACCAAAGUGAUCGUGCAGGACGGAGACAAGUUCGAAACCAAGACCCUCAGCACCUUCAGAAACUACGAGGUCAGCUUCACCGUGGGGGUGGAGUUCGAGGAGCACACGAAGGGCCUGGACAACAGGAAGGUCAUGACACUGGUUAACUGGGACGGGGACAAGCUGGUGUGCGUUCAGAAGGGGGAGAAAGCAAACCGUGGCUGGAAACACUGGAUUGAGGGAGACCUCUUACACCUGGAAAUCACCGCUGUCGACAAAGUCUGCCACCAAGUAUUUAAGAAGGCACAGUGAGAUGGGAAGGAACUUUAUCUCUGUGUGUUCCACGUUGCUGUCUAUUUAUAAUGUGAUUGUGGAGAGCUGCUGCAAUAAACCGAUUUAAUACAA